CAAACACAGAGGUUCAUACUACAGACAGCCUGUACAGCACAGGAGACGAAACCAAACCACACAGCCUACCAUACAGGAAGCGCAGCCGGCAGCACCGUGUGUAAUCCUGUUUGUUUUACCGAUGUGACAGGAGUGUGUGAGAGAGGAGCUGCUGCCAGGAGCUGAACUGCAGGUCGGCGCAGCUGGUGUUCAUUUGGAGGAUAUAGCUAUAUAUACAGACGGACAUGGAUUAUUGGUGUCGGUCCUCACCGCUUUGGAUUUAGUUAAAACGCGGCACAGCCCUGCGCCUCUUCCAGCCUGUCCUGCCCGGUGAAGUGAGUGCGCCAAGAACAGGUGGAUCCUGUUUCUGUGUUCAGCUUGAUCCCCUCCACCCACCUGUCACCUUUAUGGGGAACCAGGUGGAGAAACUAACGCAUUUAAAUUACGCGGAGGUGCCAACAUCGGACCCGAAUGGGUUCGACCCAGAUGACGACGGACCGCGGAUCGGCGUCUCUUACAUUUUCUCCAACGACGACGAUGACGACCAGGACGAGAAUUUGGACCGCUUUUCAUCUGAUAACCACGUGGUGAGCCAUGAGGAGAAGCCCUUCGACCCCCAGGACGAGCUGGAGUGCGCGAUUUACUACCGAGAGGAGUGCAUCUAUGAGACCUGCACCGGAGCCGCCACUCACUCUGCGGAAAGUCUCCUGAACAAGUGCAGACCCGGAGACCUGCUGGAGUUUGUGGCCACCGGACAGUAUCCUCACUGGGCUGUCUACGUCGGGGACUUUCAGGUGGUGCAUUUGCACAGGGCUGAGAUAAAGAACAACUUCCUCACCGAUGUGAGCCAGGGCAAAAAAGGCAGGAUAGUGAACGGCCUCUACAGGUACCGUGCGCUCCCGCCGGAGGUGAUUGUGCGCAACGCCCUGGACCAUGUCGGGUCGCGAGACAGAGAGCUGUACUGGAGAAACUCUGAGUGCUUCGCCGCCUGGUGCCGCUUUGGCAAACGGGAGUUUAAAAUCGGAGGGGAGAUAAGGAUAGGUAAGCAGCCGUACAGGUUAAAAUUACUCUUUUCCGAGAAGAAGAAUCACGUCCUGGAGUUUCAGAGCCUGGAGGACGUGAUCAUGGAAAAGAGGAGGAACGAUCAGAUUGGCAAAGAUGCUGUGAUGCAAGAGCUGGCCAACCACUUGAACACAACACAUGAAAUUAAAGAGGAGCGUUUUGUCAACUGAGAGUGGAUGCUCUGGUGACCUUUAGGUUAAAAAAAGUUCAGUGGAUAUUGCACACUUUUCAUGCUGAAGAAAGCAUGUGUGUUGUUGAGGGAGCUUUUAUCCCAACAGUCAACCAAUAAGAGCUUUGUGCGUGAGCUUCGGGUGUAUGUGGCACACUGCAAACGAAUGUGCAUCUUCAGAGGAGGGGGGUCAAAGUUCAUUAUUUGUUUUCCUCUCAAAGUGAGAGCAAAAGCCCUGACAUCUGGGCUGCACAUUCUCAAGUGCAUUAGCAAAGCUGAUCACGAGGGUCAAAACAAACUUCCCACCAGCUGUUUUGCACUGGAAACAAGUGAUAAUUGCACACUGGUAAACGUCCUCCCUCCUUUAAAGAUUUUUACAACCCAAGAUUAAGUGACUUUUCAUGAUGGAUACAUUUGCAUCGGAGCUGCACCUGCACUCUAAUCAUUUGGGGAUGAAGUCAGAAUUUAAUUACCCAUAAUUAUCUUUCUAAUCCAACGAAUCUUUGCACAGAGGAGCAAAACCUCUCCAAUGUACUUGUACCUGACGAGAGUGCUGAAAGCGCUUGGUCCUGUCCCACUCAGGUGUUGGUGAUCAAUACAGAUUGGACGAAAGACUUGCUUUUGUUAUUGUGUGUCGACCUCGAGGAUUCCCUUCUGUCGCUUUAUGUCCAAUCAUCACACAGCUUUACCCACUCUUUGACUACUUUGUGUAACUGUGCACUUUUACUGAUUCACCUGUUCCCACAGUUUAUUUUUGGAGAAAAAAAUCUUUGUAUGAAGGAAAAUGGAAAUAAAUAUAUAUUUGAACAGUUAA